UAUAUAAAGACUAAAGUACAUAAAAAUUAUUAGAUUAGAACAUAAACAGUUCAAAGAUGACUGAUCAACUUAGAACUGAUUCCAAAGAUUAUAGGACUGAGCUUCUUUCCCCAAACAUAGCUUCUGAGAAUGUGUCUAUGGCUAGGCAACCUUCAUGGAGGAUCAAUAUGGAUGAACAUCGCAUACCGGAAAGGCAAAUGGAGUCUCAUUUUGGCUUUGGAUUAUUCUUAAGAACAAUCAAGAGACAAAGGAAACUUGCUAAAUAUUAUAAGAGGCAGGAAAUUCUUCUUAAAGGGUACCAAGAAGUGGACUCAUAUAUUGAUUUGGGCACAUUACCUGGAAAUUUAACAGAGGAUGAGAUGAAGCAACUUGAAAGGAAUGAGAAGGUGGCAAUUUAUUUAUCUAACAUAGGGAACAUGGUGCUAUUUGUAGCAAAAGUUUAUGCUUCAAUUCAAAGUAGAUCUUUGGCUGUGAUUGCAUCAACUUUGGACUCACUCUUGGAUCUCUUGUCUGGAUUUAUACUUUGGUUCACUUCUCAUACUAUGAGUAAACCAAACUAUGAUCAAUACCCUAUUGGCAAGAACCGUAUGCAACCUGUGGGGAUAGUUGUAUUUGCUUCUGUCAUGGCAACUCUUGGAUUGCAAAUACUAUUUGAAUCAAUGAGGGAAAUCAUUGUAAAGGCUCAACCUGAUAGGGAUCCUGUGAAAGAAAAGUGGAUGAUAGGAAUUAUGGUGACAGCCACAGUUGUAAAAAUUGGGCUGAUGACAUACUGUCGCAGGUUCAAAAAUGAAAUAGUUAGAGCCUAUGCUCAAGACCAUUUCUUUGAUGUCAUUACAAACUCGAUUGGUCUAGCCACGGCAGUGCUAGCCAUCAAAUUCUAUUGGUGGCUUGACCCUCUUGGGGCUAUCUUGAUAGCUGUAUAUACAAUCAGCAACUGGGCAAAAACGGUGAUGGAGAAUGUAUGGUCAUUGAUUGGAAAAACAGCUCCACCGGAGUACCUUGCAAAGAUAACAUACCUUUGUUGGAACCAUGACAAGGAGAUCAAACACAUUGAUACAUUGAGAGCCUACACAUUUGGGACCAAUUAUUUUGUUGAGGUAGACAUAGUUGUAUCGGAAGAAAUGUCACUUAUUCAAGCACAUGACAUUGGUGAGACACUUCAAGAUAAGCUUGAAAAAUUACCUGAAAUUGAAAGAGCAUUUGUUCAUGUUGAUUUGAAUACUACUCAUAAGCUUGAACACAAGCAGCUCAAGGUGGCAUAGAGAAGUUACUCAAUAUUGUUUAAGAUUUCAAAGUGUGAUUAGUGAUGGAAUUGAUUUGAUUUUCUUUUAAAAGGGUGGUGACGGAUUUGAUAAUUUUGAUUAGUAUAUUCAUUUUGUUGUAGUAAAAUUUUGUAAUGUUUAUGACUUGAGAGUAAACUGAUAAUUUUGAUCAGCAAUGCAUAUUGUAUUUCUUUUGUUCUCAUAUAAAUUGAAUAUUCUCUAAGCUGAA